AUGUCGCCACGGGCCCUAGUCCUCGAUGGACUGUGGUAUUCUCUAUGUCCGUCAUUUACAGCGCUGAGCCUUGGCCGCUCAGUAUAUCCCAAAUCCAAGGGACGAACCUCACGAACAACGUUGCCUUCGAUCGCUGCCGCAAGCUCGCCUGCCCGCCGGUGCUAUAGCACGAGCGGCGACAACCCUGAGCCUCAAACUGAAGCUGCGCAUGAAUUCAGGCAGAAUGAACUGCAUUCAAAUAAGCACAAUAGCGAGCCCGACGCCCACGGGCCUGGAGAAAGGACAAACACGCGGAACACCCGAAAACCUCUCUCUCGAACCCACAAAGUGCAAGCCGAUCUCUUGAAGUGGACGAACGACGGAUUAGAAACACGGCUACAAUACGUCAUGGACAAAAAACCGAAUAUUCGACACAUAACACAAAUUCUUCGGCUCCUCAUUCGAGAUCGCCAUGUGCAGCCCAAUGCUCGACACUAUAAAGCACUUAUUCUCGCCAACACCGACAAUGAACGUGGUUCACCGCAGUUAGUGCGCGGCUUACUGGAGGAAAUGGAAAGCAAUGGUAUUACAGCAGACUCUGGCACCCUCCAUGGUGCAUUACAGGUCCUCGCCGUACACCCGGAUUAUCUGCUCCGACAAGAAGUAUUGGACAAAAUGCGCGACCGAUGGCUGACACUCAGCCCGGCGGGGUGGCAUUUCGUGGUGGCGGGUCUGCUACGCGAGAAUCAGAUCGAGCUCGCGCUCGAGCAUGUCGCAUUGAUGGAACGGAAGUUCAUCUUUGUCCAGAAUUGGCUACACAGUAUCAUCAUCUAUACGCUUUGCGACCACGGCGAGUUAGACGAGGUGUACAAGUUGAUGCAGGCUCGGGUCGAGCAGGGCCAUGAUAUGACGACACCGCUGUGGACGCAUGUGUUGACGAUGGCGGGUGUCCAUGACCACUUCCCGCUGGCGCACUAUGUGUGGCGUCGGAUGGUUGAAUUGGGUUACAUGAACCCGCUUAUUCCAGUAUGCGAUGACGUCCUUCGAAUGGCAGCCAAGGCUGGGGAUACUGAGACGGCCAAGUCUGUUGUCCGGUACCUUGUUGAGGGUGGGAUGGGACUUGACCAUGCUCAGUAUUCGAGAGUUGUGGAAACGCACGCGGCAGCAGGUGACCUUGCUGCGGCGUUCGAAACAUUGUGCACUAUGCACGAAACACAGAUCCCACUAGCGGAUAGUUCGACCGAUUGUCUUCUUGCGUACAUGAUCCAAUCUAAAGUGGAUCGGCGGGAAGUAUGGCAGAUGCUGAAGCGGUUGAAGAAUGAGAAACGGAGCUUGCCUAUUCACUGCGUUCGUGUUGUGGCUCAGCUCUGUGAGCAUGAUGCCCACUCUGAUCCAUCGGUGGUGGACGAUGGAGUCGGGUUCUACAAGGAGCUCUACACUGUUUGUCCCGAAGGAGCGGACGUUCAAAUCUACAACACACUAAUUCGGAUGUGCCGCACGGCCCGCAACCGCGAGUCGGGGAUGUUCCUCGUGAAAGAGAUGGCAUCACUCGGGGUGAUUCCGAACGGGGGCACGUUCGAAUCGAUCAUUUUGAUGUGUUUGGACGCCGGGAAUUUCCGAUCCGCUUUCCUUUAUUUCCAGGAUCUGAUCAAGCGGGAAGCGGCAUUGAGUGCUGAAACGCAGGGGGAAAUUCGCAGUAUCUGCGCAGGAUCCGUGGACGAAUUUGCCAUGCGGCUGCAGUAUCACCCUUACGUCCGCGACGACGUGCGAAAACUCGAUGAGGAGGUCCAGCAGCAACGGGAGAAAGAGGCCAAUGAGAGGGGUCGCCACCCUAUUCCUCCGGCCGUUCGAAGGUUGCGGAUGUCUGAUGAUCAACGAAAAGAGUUCAACAAGGAGCGUCGAAAGCGGAAACGCCGUCGUCUCGCGAUUGAGCGCAAUAUGAAAGAGGGCAAUGAACUGCCAAGAGAGUGA